AUGCUUGCCAGAGGGCACUUCCGGGAAUUCUUGAGUGAGAGGGGAAGAAACAAUUACAGUAGAGCCAACCCUGCCGAGGAGAAGGACUCGUCAACUGCUCCCCUACACGUAAUCAACAUGAUUUUUAGAGAAGCUAUGAUAGCGGGGACUAGUUUUACCUCGUCCAGGAAGAUGAAGAUCUUGGUGACACGAGAAAAGAGAACUCGAGAGUUUCCGGAGGAUGAGGCUCUUACCUUCUCUGAUGAAGAUGCAGCGGGCGUCACUUUGCCUCAUAAUGAUGCCCUUGUCAUCACCAUACUUAUUGGAAAUUGCCAGGUCAAGCAAGUCAUGGUAGAUCCGGGAAGUUUAGAAAAUAUCCUCCGCUUGAAGGUGGUGGAAUAA